GUGGGCUCAGUAAAAUCCCUCUCCCGGUGAAGCUCCCCACCGUGUUUGGUGGGGUGCCUGGGACGCGAGGAUGCGGCUGGGAGUGUGAUGAGAAGGGCGGAGACCCACGAGGACUCCGGGCUGGGGUUGCAGGCCCAGCCAGGGGCGGAGUCUCCUCCGGGUCGGGAGGGGACCGAGCGCUCCCUGGGAGGCACCGAGGGACCUGGCCAGCCGUGCGGCUGCCCAGGCGCUAUGGCGAGCGCGGCCAGGGGAUCGAGGCCGUGGCCCCGGCUGGGGCUCCAGCUCCAGUUCGCGGCGCUGCUGCUCGGGACGCUGAGUUCACAGGUUCAUACUCUCAGGCCAGAGAGCCUCCUGCUGGUGUCCACCUUGGAUGGAAGUCUUCAUGCACUGAGCAAACAGACAGGGGACCUGAAGUGGACUCUGAGGGAUGAUCCCGUCAUCCAAGGACCAAUGUACGUCACAGAAAUGGCCUUUCUCUCUGACCCAGCUGAUGGCAGCCUGUACAUCUUGGGGACCCAAAAACAACAGGGAUUAAUGAAACUGCCAUUCACCAUCCCUGAGCUGGUUCAUGCCUCUCCCUGCCGCAGCUCUGAUGGGGUCUUCUACACAGGCCGGAAGCAGGAUGCCUGGUUUGUGGUGGACCCUGAGUCAGGGGAGACCCAGAUGACACUGACCACAGCGGGUUCCUCCACCCCCCGCCUCUACAUCGGCCGAACACAGUAUACGGUCACCAUGCAUGACCCAAGAGCCCCAGCCCUGCGCUGGAACACCACCUACCGCCGCUACUCAGCGCCCCCCAUGGAUGGCUCACCCGGGAAAUACAUGAGCCACCUGGCGUCCUGUGGGAUGGGCCUGCUGCUCACUGUGGACCCAGAAAGUGGGGCAGUGCUGUGGACACAAGACCUGGGCGUGCCUGUGAUGGGCGUCUACACCUGGCACCAGGACGGCCUGCGCCAGCUGCCGCAUCUCACCCUGGCUCGAGACACUCUGCAUUUCCUCGCCCUCCGCUGGGGCCACAUCCGACUGCCUGCCUCAGGCCCCCAGGACACAGCCACCCUCUUCUCUGACUUGGAUACCCAGCUGCUGAUGACGCUGUAUGUGGGGAAGGAUGAAACUGGCUUCUAUGUCUCUAAAGCACUGGUCCACACAGGAGUGGCCCUGGUGCCUCGUGGACUGACCCUGGCCCCCACAGAUGGCCCCACCACAGAUGAGGUGACACUCCAAGUCUCAGGAGAGCGAGAGGGCUCACCCAGCACUGCUGUUAGAUACCCCUCAGGCAGUGUGGCCCUCCCAAGCCAGUGGCUGCUCAUUGGACACCACGAGCUACCCCCAGUCCUGCACACUACCAUGCUGAGGGUCCAUCCCACCCCGGGGAGUGGAACUGCAGACACAAGACCCCCAGAGAACACCCAGACCCCAGCCUUCUUCUUGGAGCUAUUGAGCCUGAGUCGAGAGAAACUUUGGGACUCCGAGCUGCAUCCAGAAGAAAAGAUUCCAGACUCCUACCUGGGGCUGGGACCCCAAGACCUGCUGGCAGCUAGCCUCACUGCUGUCCUCCUGGGAGGGUGGAUUCUAUUUGUGAUGAGGCAGCAGCCACAAGUGGUGGAGAAGCAGCAGGAGACCCCCCUGGUACCUGCAGACUCUGCUGACAUCUCCCAGGAUGCCCAGUCCCUGCACUCGGGGGUCACCCUGAGGAGCCAGAAGAGGCUUCAAAGUCCCUCGAAGCAAGCCCAGCCACUCGACGACCCCGAAGCUGAGCAGCUCACCGUAGUGGGGAAGAUUUCCUUCAAUCCCAAGGACGUGCUGGGCCGCGGGGCAGGCGGGACUUUCGUUUUCCGGGGACAGUUUGAGGGACGAGCAGUGGCUGUCAAGCGGCUCCUCCGCGAGUGCUUUGGCCUGGUUCGGCGGGAAGUUCAACUGCUGCAGGAGUCUGACAGACACCCCAAUGUGCUCCGCUACUUCUGCACCGAGCGGGGACCCCAGUUCCACUACAUUGCCCUGGAGCUCUGCCGGGCCUCCUUGCAGGAGUACGUAGAAAACCCGGACCUGGAUCGCGGGGGCCUGGAGCCCGAGGUGGUGCUGCAGCAGCUGAUGUCUGGCCUGGCCCACCUGCAUUCUUUACACAUAGUGCACCGGGACCUGAAGCCAGGCAAUAUUCUCAUCACCGGGCCUGACAGCCAGGGCCUGGGCAGGGUGGUGCUUUCAGACUUCGGCCUCUGCAAGAAGCUGCCUGCUGGCCGCUGUAGCUUCAGCCUCCACUCCGGCAUCCCCGGCACGGAAGGCUGGAUGGCGCCCGAGCUCCUGCAGCUCCUGCCACCAGACAGUCCUACCAGCGCCGUGGACAUCUUCUCUGCAGGCUGCGUGUUCUACUACGUGCUUUCUGGUGGCAGCCACCCCUUUGGAGACAGUCUUUAUCGCCAGGCAAACAUCCUCACAGGGGUUCCCUGUCUGGCUCACCUGGAGGAAGAGGUCCAUGACAAGGUGGUUGCCCGGGACCUGGUUGCAGCCAUGUUGAGCCUGCUGCCACAGGCACGCCCCUCUGCCCCCCAGGUGCUGGCCCACCCCUUCUUUUGGAGCAGAGCCAAGCAACUCCAGUUCUUCCAGGAUGUCAGUGACUGGCUGGAGAAGGAGUCUGAGCAGGAGCCCCUGAUGAGGGCACUGGAGGCAGGAGGCUGCGCGGUGGUCCGGGACAACUGGCACGAGCACAUCUCCAUGCCACUGCAGACAGACCUGAGAAAGUUCCGGUCCUAUAAGGGGACAUCAGUGCGAGACCUGCUCCGUGCUGUGAGGAACAAGAAGCACCACUACAGGGAGCUCCCAGUUGAGGUGCAACAGGCACUUGGCCAAGUCCCUGACGGCUUCGUCCAGUACUUCACAAACCGCUUCCCACAGCUGCUCCUCCACACGCACCGAGUCAUGAGGAGUUGCGCCUCUGAGAGCCUCUUCCUGCCCUACUACCCACCAGACUCAGAGGCCAGGGGGUCGUGCCCUGGGGCUGCAGGGAGGUGAGGUGGGCCGGAGGCCACACAAAUGGUCUCCAUGCUGGCUAGCUGAAGAGCUGAGCCUGUGGCUGGCCUCAGAAUCAGAAUCAGAAAAGACUGCCAGGCUGGGUGCAGUGGCUCACGCCUAUAAUACCAGCAUUUUGGGAGGCUGAGGUGAGAGGAUCACUUGAGCUCAGGAAUUCCAGACCAGCCUGGCCAACAUGGCAAGACCCCACCUCUACAAAACAUUUGAAAAAUUAGCCAGGCAUGGUGGCGCACGCCUGUAGUCCCAGCUGCUUGGGAGGCUAAGGUGGGAGAAUCGCUUGAGCCCAGGAGUUCCAGGCUGCAGAGAGCCAGGAUCAUGCCACUGCACUCCAGUCUGGUCCACAGACACUGUCACCCCCUACCCCCCACAAGACUGGCAGAGGCUGGGCAGCCUGGGGCUGAUGAAGCAGAGAUGUUCCCUGGAUCCCAGGCCCUGGCACCCCUCAGGAAAUACAAGAAAAAGAAGAUUCACAUCUGUUUAAUGUGUAUAAAGCCAAGGAAAGGACAGUUCCGAACUCAA